GCAAGCGGGCUUUCAGACUUUCAGUGCCCGUUCCGUUCUGGAGGGUCUGAUUCUAUAAGCGCAAGCAGAUAAGUUGCGCGCUAUAUCCGGUUUUUAAUCCACCGCUUUUUAUGAUUUUUUCCAGGCAAAUCUUGCCGACAAAGGGUUUUGCUUCCUAUUCGUCUCCACGUACUGGAAAUUCUUCGAAAAUCCUUAGCCCUCAAACUCUUCUCAAGAGCUGCGUCAGUCCCUGUAUUCGAUCCCUUAACCUAUUCCUCACCUUUCUCCUAAGAAACCGAAAGAUUACUCUCCUUCUCGAGACGUUCUCUCAAUUAUCUUCCAAUUCCGUUCAGAUCGAUUCUAAAACUCAUUUCUUGGUCACCCACGCUCUCCUCAGAUCCCGCCGCUUUGAAGAGGCACAGCAGUUCAUUUCCCCCGCUGAAAAAUACGAUUUUGUUGUCAGAAAGAGCUUAUGGGAUUCUCUGAUUCGCGAAGUUUGCGUCUCCGGAGGCGACCCAGAGAGGGCAUUGUCUCUGUUGCACGAAUGCAUGCGAAAUCGAGGUAUUUCGCCAUCUCUAAGCACUUUCCGCUUGUUGGUUCUAUCAUUCAGUGCUCAGGGCAGAAUGGAAAGGGCAAUCGAGGUGCUGGAAAUUAUGACUUCUGAGGAAAUCGGAUACCCGUUUGAUAAUUUUGUCUGCAGUUCGAUAAUUUCUGGGUUUUCUAGGAUUGGGAAGUCCGACUUCGGUUUAGGGUUCUAUGAGAGAGUACAAAAGAGCCGAAAUUUUCAGCCUAAUUUGAUGACUUAUACGGCUGUGGUAGAUGCAUUAUGUAGAGAGGGAAGAAUUGCUGAAGCUUCUGGUAUUGUACAGAAGAUGGAGAAUGAUGGAAUAGUUUUAGAUGCAGUUCUGUAUAGUAGCUGGGUUUGUGGAUAUUUCCGUAAAGGCCUAUUGAUGGAAGCUUUUAGGAAGCAUAAGUUGAUGUCUGAAAAUGGAAUUUUGCCGGAUGUGAUCAGCUAUACUUCUGUCAUUGAUGGCUUGUGCAAGGAAGGGUAUUUAGAAAAAGUGAUUGGAUUACUACAAUAUAUGGAGAAGAGCGGGUUGAAACCAAAUUUGGUUACAUAUACGUGCAUUAUAAGAGGUUUCUGCAAGAGAUGCAAGAUUGAGGAAGCUUUAUUUGUCUUCAGGAAAAUGGAAGAAUUGAAUGUUGUUGCAGAUGAGUUUGUCUAUUCAGUUUUGAUUGAUGGUUUGUGUGCAAUUGGGAAAUUGGAUGAAGUUUUUGAAUUACUUGAAGAAAUGGGCAGGAAGGGGAUUAAAGCGACUACUAUGACAUACAAUACAGUAGUCAAUGGCUUGUGUAAAGCUGGAAAAACAAGCAAGGCAGAUGAGAUUUCAAGAAACUGUUUUGGUGAUAAUUUUACAUAUAGUACCCUGUUGCAUGGUUAUAUGAUGGAAAAGGAUGCACAAGGAGUGAUUGACACAAAGAGGAGAUUAGAGCAGGCUGGAAUUCCUUUUGAUGUGGUUACAGUCAAUAUACUCAUUAAGGCUCUCUUCAUUGUCGGCAUGGUUGAUGAUGCUCGUUAUCUUUUCGAAGAAAUGCCAAAGAAAGGUCUCAAUGCUGAUUUCCUUACUUAUUGCGCAAUGGUUGAUGGUUAUUGUAAACUUGGAAUGUCUGACAGGGCACUUGAGGUCUUUAUGGAGUACAGAAGAACUCUUGCAUUUGUAAAUGAUGUAUGUCAUAUUUGUAUGAUAGUAGGACUCUGCAAAGAAAACAAAAUAGAAAUGGCAACAGAACUGUUUUUGGAACUAUGUGAAAAAAAUAUUGUUGCAGAUACUAUUACUUAUAGAAAGUUGAUGAAGGCCCAAUUUAGAGAUGGUAAUUGGGAGGCAGUUCUGAAAUUGAUCUCCAGGGUUGAAGGGUGCGGUCCUGAAAUAUUGACUUCCAUAUGCAAUGAUUCUGUUUCCUUCUUAUGCAAGAGGGAGUGUUUCCCAUCUGCAUUGGAAGUUUACAUCUUGAUGAGAUUGAAAGGUUUGACAGUUUGGAGCAAGUCAUACUAUAUUCUCCUUAAGAGUCUCAUAAAUAGUGGAAAUGGUUUGAUUGUUGAGCUGAUUUUCUGUGACUUUAUAAAGGCAUGCGGAGUUUUUGAGCCUAGGAUGAUAAACAUUAUCUGUCUGUACCUUUGCAAAAAGAAUGUGGAAGAAGCAAUUCGCUUUUUAGCUGGUUUGAGCAAAAGAAAUAUUUCUCUUGGUGUUCUGACGGUAGUUAUCAAUACUCUUAAGGAAAAGGGCAGAGUUCAAGAAGCACUUGAUUUUCUUUUGGAAGUAGAAGAAAGCACUGCUUCUGCAGAUGUAGUGUUAUAUUCUAUCAUUGUGGAUGGACUUUGCAAGGUAGGAUCUCUUGAGAAGGCUUUAGAUCUUUGUUCAAACAUGAGAAAGAAGGGCAUCACUCCGAAUAUUGCUACUUACAACUCGGUGAUUCAUGGUCUGUGUCGUGAAGGAUGUUUGGUUGAGGCAUUCAGAGUUUUUGAUUCUCUGGAGUGUAAUGGUUUAUUUCCUACAACUGUUACUUAUGCUACUCUUAUAGAUGCUUUAUCUGGAGAAGGGUUCCUUCAAGAUGCAAAGCAUUUGCUUGGAAGAAUGGCUAUUAAUGGCAUCUCUCCUAAUAUACGCAUUUUCAACUCCCUGAUCAAUGGAUAUUGCAGAUUUGGUCUUUUAGAGGAAGGCCUGCAACUAUUCAAAGAUUUGGCAGGGUACUCCUUGGAACCAGAUGGCCUAACUAUCAGUUCUAUCAUAUAUGGCUACUGUACCAAAGGUGAGAUGCAAGGUGGCCUGAAUUUCUACAAUGCGUACAGAGAAAAAGGAUACUCACCUAAUUUGUUGGGUUUCCUAAAUUUGAUCAAAGGACUUUAUACUAAGGGGAGAAUGGAGGAAGCAAGAAACAUUAUCAGAGAUUUGUUGCAAAAUGGAGAAGCUGUAGAGCUCAUAAAUAAAGCCAGAGAUGGAUUGAAUUUUGAAUCUUUAGCAACUUCUAUUAAGCUUGCGUGUGAAGAAGGACGACUUCAAGAAGUAAUUAAUAUUUUAACUGAUGUAGGUUCCAAGUUUUUCACCUCAUUAUGGUCUAAAAACAACAAUAGCAUUAAGAAUGUUGGAAAGCAGCAUGCGGAAGAUUUCCGUACAGGUUCUGAGAGAAAAGUUUAUGCAAGUAGAGGCCUAAUGAAGCCAGCAGUUCCUAGAAACACUUUGCAGUUUGGAGAUGAUGGCAUUAUAGAAAGAAAACAUGGGUUGUGCAUGAACAAGACUACCAAUUCUGUCUUGAAUGAGUAUAACUUUUUGUGUCAGAACUCCCUCAAGUACGACUUUGAGACUUUCUACUCCAUUAUUGCAACACUCUGUUCAAAGGGUGAGUUGCAAAAAGCCAAUGAUAUAGUGAAAGCAACGCUCAGUGUUUAGGAAAAAAAGCAUUGAUUUAGCUCUUUUGUAACUUGCUUCACGGAGCUAAUGAAUGUCAACUGCAUUUGAUUCUAUAUAGAAACUGACACACAACACUACUGAACUGGAUGCAACAAUUGGGAGUCGCCAAAGAUUGCUGGGUGUGGAUUAUUGGAUUCUAUUAUUCAUCAGCCGCUCAUUCAAUAAAUUUCGAAUGAAGUUGUAGCUUCUUCCUGCAUUUCGAUUUUCUUCAAUGAAGAGGUUUAAGAUGACACCAUUAACUGCAUUCAUAUUAGAGGUUUGACAGCGCAGUUGGUAAGUUCCUUCCUCCUAAAUCUCUGAUUACCAGUUCCUCUAUUUGACACCAUUAGUCGCAUUCAAUUUUACUAGAAUUGUGAACAUUUUUUUUUUGCUGCUAUAGAUGUCUUUUUUCUUUUUUGGGUUUUCUUCACUUCUUUAAGCAAGAGAAAUGAAAGGGAAAAAAAAAAAGAAGGCCGAGAGCUUUCCAUUUUUCAUUCUUUUAAUAUCUGGUAGAGAAAAUCUAGAAAUCUUUUCAGGUACUCAACCAUUCUCUAAUCUCUUUAUGCAAUUAUCUUCUAAAGACUUCAAUUUUGAAGAAAUAGAAUAUCUACUACAUUCAUUUAAUAUAGCUUUUUUGUGUAUUAAUUAAGUUUGCUCAUUUGAUAAUUAAAAUGAAUGUAAAUCUUCCAUCAAACAAAUUAUAGAAUGCUCCCAGGUUGAUUAAAAUAUAUAUUAAUGAUAUCAAUUUUAUUUAUGAAAAAGUUAAUUGUCAAGUCCAAAUACAUUAUGCUCAUAUUAUUUUCAUGAAUAAGGUGAUCGGCAAAGCUCACAAUAGAAUACUCUCCCGCUAUGUAUAUAUGCACAAUGAUUAUCACUUUCUUGCUUAUAUUUUUGUGAAUAGAUUCUGAUAUAAAUGUCAUUAUGUUCUUGGUUGUAUUGUCAUGCAUGUUCUUUUAUACAUCUCUCCUAACAUGAAUUGUAUUUUGUGACAUAGAAAAGUUACGUUUUGAUGAUUUCACUUUACAUAUGUGAGUAAAAGAGAAUCCAUCAUCAUUCAUUGUAUAAUAAAAAGUGGAGAACAUAAGCUUUAUGCCUUAUGCUAUGUUGUAUUACUUUUUUUGCUAACUAGAUGAAAAAUAGAAGUUAUAAAUCUCUUCAUUAACUUAUGCAGUUGGGUUGUUCGUGUAAUAAACAUUUAUAUUUUUUUAUGUUAUCCUUGAUUAUAAUGGAUAUUUAUCUUGAAAAUGCACUCUUAUUCUUCUAA